AUGUACAUCGCCUCCCCAUGCCUCAAAGAGGCGACCAAUCAUGACUUCGGCAGCGAGGGUCGGACAACGAAAGACACCGACUCUUGGAAGAAAGAGUUCCUCAAGAAAUUAGAAGAGGUCAAGUCCCUGGAAACAGGCAGCAUGUCUAUGGAUGCGCCGGCAAGGGACUGGGUCGGAUACAAUCCCACACACACAGGAUUCCAAAUUCUUCAGGAGGCAUAUGAAAAAGGCGAGUGGGUGGGAAACUUACCGCAGUUCAAGCUGCCGAAAGCUUUCCGCAAGGCUGGCAUCACAAAGCUGACGGCCGAAGCUGCUGCCAAGAGGAAGAAUGCUCAAGACCAGCAGCCCCAGAGUGGCGCGGAGACCCGGGCAAACACCAGUGGGAAACCUGUCGAGACGUUCCGUUUCAUACGAGACGAAGACGGCGACAAAUUGGAAUUCAGUGCUGAGAUGAAUGACGACUUGCGGAAACAAAUGAAGGAAGUGGAGGAGGUGGCCAAAUUGCCACUUGGCCGAGCCUUGUUACAGAUGGAAUUUGGCAGGUCCUUGCGGCACUUUGGACUCAAUCUUCACGUCGAUGAUGAGGCGGAUGCCUUGUCGUCUAGCACCGAAAGUGGCAGCGCUGACGAAAUGGACAUCGACGAACCGGACCAUGUGCCAGCAAAAGAAGUCAAUACACAGGAACCAGGAUCAUCUGGUAACAGAGAGACGGCCAGAUAUUCAAGUUUCUCUCCACAGCCAAACGUCUCGCCUGGCAAGGGCUCAGACUUCACACAAGCUGAGGUAAAACGUUGGCUAGGGUCGAUGUGA